UUGGAUUGGGAGGCCAACAUGGUAUUCAAAAACGUCUCAACACGUUUCCUGAAAAACAAAAACGAAAGCCACUAUUUUCAAAUCGUCCGCCUCUGCGCAGUAUUUCCUCACGUAGAGUGAUGAGAAGGAAUCAGGUAGACAUUGUGGACCUACGAAAACUAGCAAUAACAAAAGGUGAAAUCACGUACAAGUACGUGUUGUCUUUAUUGGACGUAUUCAGUCGUUACGUCAUUUUACAACCUCUGUCCGACAAGUCAGCAAAAGUCGUAGCUCAACACCUUAGCUCUGUGUAUUCAAUUUUUGGUCCACCACGAUUGCUGCAAUGCGACCAAGGCAAAGGAUUUACGGCACGCGUGACUAGACAAGUUAUGAAAGCUUUCAAUUGUCGGAUGAUAUACGGAUCGCCUUAUCAUCCUCAGUCCCAAGGAAAGGAUGAACGGUUUCAUCGAACGUGGAAGGAGAAGCUGAAAUUUGACCUCUACAACAAUUUAGCAACAACGUCUGGAGUCGACUGGGUCGGUGUACUACAAAAAUACGCGCAGCUGUACAACAACAGCUCACACAGUUCACUUGGUAUACUUAAUUAAUUGUCUAGAAAAAUGUAACAUUAGAUAAGAAAUAAAAGUUAGAUGGUUCUUGUUCAGGUAUGAGAAGUCCAUUUCACGUGUUUUUUGGACGCGAAUCAAACGUAGUUCUCUAUAAGCGAAGUCUUGAUUCAGAAAGCCAGUUAGAAAUAGGCAUUGGCAGCGACAGUGAGACGCUAUCUAUUGCUAGCGAUGACAUUCACAGCAACACUAGCGACGAUGACGACAAUCACGUAAUUGAGACUGAGCUCAAUAUUCUUGAACGUGUAAGGAAACAAGCCUACGAUUCGUCGCAAACAACUGCUUAUCGACAAGCGAAACGUUAAGCAGCAUCUUAUCCGCCUUCUACAUACAGCGUCGGUGAUGCAGUCCUAGUUCGUUUACAUACGAGUAUCAGCCGAAAGAAAUGGAACAAGCUACCGGUUACCCCGGUUAUUGGCAAAGGAAAAAUUAUAAAAACCAACUUUCAGAAGAAUCGGUACCUAGUGCGCGUAAUCGGCGAGCAAACAGCUACUAAAUGGUUUGCAGUAUCGGAUAUCACAUCCCUUACAGCCGAGGAAGAAAAUACCAGACAAGCACUAGCCAAAAAAUUAUUACUCUUGAAGAAGGCUAAAGAAAAUGUUGAGAAAACGACUGCAUUUAGCGGCUAUGUCAAGAAAAAUCCCAGCAUUUCAGCUACUGUGACUUCACAAGGUACACAGCGAACUUGCACAGAUAGCCCAAUUCUCUCUUUAUGAACACGAAGUUGAACAACAGGCAAAGAACGACAUUUCUUAUUCUCUAGUCUGCCGUAUUGAAGAAAUGGGUCUUACUGUGAGAAAAGAGGUCAAAGGAGACGGCAACUGUUUCUUUAGAGCACUAAGUAAUCAACUUAGUCGUUUCGGUGUCAACAUGUCCCACCAAAAGAUUAGAAAGACGAUAGUUCGGCACCUAAACGAAAAUCCUUUCACGCUAGUAUAUGUGUACAUUGCUACUUUUAUGUCUAAGCAGGACUCAGGAGAACAUCUUUCUCAAUUUAUUCCACUCGAAUGGACAGACUACAUUAACAGUAUGAAAAUGCCGGGCACUUGGGCGGAUGAAAUUGUCGUGCGAGCUGCAGCAACAGUAUUUGACCCUCCAGUGUACAUUGUCUCUUCCCUUGAAGACGAAAACAGCGACAAACAAAUUAACGCAAGAACUGCAGAAGGGAACCGGCGUGCACCAAUGCUGCUGGGGCAUGUGGCAGAAAACCACUAUUGGAGUCUGGAUCUCAAUACUGCAAAACAGCCAGAAACGUUUCCAGGCAACGGACGCAAAACUGUUGGCGAGUUUGACAUACCUGCUGCUGCUGCUACCAUAGUAGAUGGUGCUUUGCGUAUGGCUGAGAGCAGUUUCCAGCAUAGACUAAGUACGGAUCAAAGUUAUGAAUUAUUUUCAUCUGAUUUUCAAUCGCUGCAGUCCAAAAGAUGGUUGAACGAUAAAAUAGUAAAUGCUUUGCACAUAGUAUUCCAGCAAGAGGCAAACUUGAUGAAUUCCAAUAGAGUAUUGUCAAUAAAUUCCUACCUUGUUCCAAGUUAUGGAAAACGAGGAUACGACGGCGUAUGGAGGGCUACUAUGGAGGUCAACGUCUUUGAAUACGAACUAAUUGCUAUACCUGUUCAUAGGAAGAAUCACUGGAUAGAAGUGAUUGUUGACAUUUUCGAGAAGUGUCUCAAUGUUAUCGAUUCGGCGGGAAACACACAUGACGCUGUGUGUGAUUGCAUUAUACUUUGGUUGUGUGAUGAGCAUAGGAGGAAAUAUGGUACACUGAGUAACAAGGAUUUUUGGCAAAAGAAAUACCUAGUAUCAAAGGUGAGCGGAUGUGUGAGGCUAUAUAUAGAAAAGCCUCAACAGAUCGAUAGUGUCAAUUGCGGUGUUUGGACUUGUGUGAACAUGAGAGACUACUCUCUUCUCGGGAAGUUGCAAAGACGCGAGAUGAAUGGAAACCGUACGACGUUGGCUUGCGUAUCGCCUUCUACACUCAGUCACCAGUUCAUGCGAAAACGACAAUGAAAAAGAAUUAUUCAAACAAGAUCAAAUGGAGGAGAUUGUUUUCAGAACAGCAGAAAGUAAGUAUCCAACUGUUCAAGAAUGCUGCAAUAUACAAUAUUCAGAUUAUUGCUGCUAGCACAUCAUCAUCUGAAAACAGUUGAGCCUACUGAGCAGAUUCUAGCCGUGACUGAAAACACAGUGCAAAGCAGUAGACAAAGACCCCAAAAGUCAUU